AUGCCCUCGGCCUGGCCGCCGCCCGCGCCGCCCUCGCCGCCUCGCCCUGGCAGCCUGGCGGCGCGCGUUCCCGACGCGGACGCCCGCGGCCUCGGGGCAGACGACGCCCUCGCAGCCUCGCUGCAGGGGCGGCAGGCGGGCCGCGAGCGCGUGGGAUCGGCGGUGCAGCCACCCGACGCCGGCGCUGCAUCAUCGGACGUCAUCGCCGUCGGCGCUGCAGCAUCGGCCGUCGACCCGACGCCGACGCCGCCAUCCGACGUCGACGAUGCAUCGUCGGCGAGCCAGCCGCACUCGGCGGGCGGCGGACCGCCUCGCGGUCGCGGCGUCGCAGCGUCGGACUGCUCGCGGUCGCCGUCGUCGCCGCCGCCAGCGUCGCGCUGGCCAGGCGUGCCGCCGACGGGGGCGCCGCGGUCGGACUUGCCGACGCCGUCGCGGGCGGCUCACGCGCGGGCGCCGCCGAGCCCGUGCUCACCGCCCGCGGCCGAGCCCCUGGGGCGCGCGGCGGCGCGCCGGGGCUCCUCCGCGGAGGAGGCGGAGCGGCGGAGAGAGGAGGCGGCGCGGCGGCCGAGCGGCUACCACGGCGCGCCCGCGCCGCUGGAUGGCCGCAACCCGCUCGAGGUCGGCGGCGACGUCCCGUGCGAGGAGGUGCGGGACAAGGACGGCCCGACGCUUCGAGCCGAAGGCGAUGCGAGCUCGGCUGCGAGCAGCGGCUCUGAGGGCUCGCCGUCGCGCCUGGCCCGUGGCUCUGCGGGCUCGUCUGCGAGCCGAAGGCGGGCCAGUGGCUCUGAGGGCCCGCCGCCAAGCCGCUGGCGCCGCUCCGCUGGCGCUGAGGGCGCCGCGACGCCAGCGGCGGCCGCGCCCCCCGCGGCAGCGCCCGUCGGCGCCGCGGCGGCAGCAGCGGCCGCGCGCCCCGCGGCAGCACCCGUCGGCGCCGCGGCGGCAGCAGCGGCCGCGCCCCCCGCGGCAGCACCCGUCGGCGCCGCGGCGGCAGCAGCGGCCGCGCGCCCCGCGGCAGCACCCGUCGGCGCCGCGGCGGCAGCAGCGGCCGCGCCCCCCGCGGCAGCACCCGUCGGCGCCGCGGCGGCGGCGGGCGGCGCAUCGCCGAGCUCUGGCGGCACCGACGGAUCGCCGAGCUCGGACGGCCCCGACGGCGACCCCCCAACGGCGGUCGGCGGCGCGCCGCCGCCCAAGGCGCCGCCGCUGCUGGCCCCGCCGUGGUUGCAGGCCAUGGCGCGGCAUGGGAUCGCCCGCGCGGUCCCCGACGGCCAGAUGGCGGCCGACCGCUGCGCGCGCUCGCUGGCGAAGUCGCUGGCGGUCGACGCGGGGAUGGCGCGCCCUCCCGCGGUGGUCUCCGACCGCGAGAUCGCCGCGGUCGCGAGGCAGGUCGCCGAGGAGUGGGUGGAUGCGGCCGCCUUUGACGCCGAUCGGGCCGAGGAGAUCGCGAGGUUCGCCGCGGCCGAGCGGGGCCACGUCGGGACGGCCGUGGUCGCGGCGAUCGACGCCGCGAUCGACGCCGCGGUCGAGGCGCGCCAGGUGGGCGGCCCUGGCGCGUUCUUCGACGUGGAGUCGAUCCGCGCGGGCGCCGAGGCGCGCCUGCGCGCCGCGAGCCUGCUGGCGGCGCGCCCGCCGCCGCCCGCGCACUCGCCGCGGGCCGAGUGGGCAGCGCGCGGGUUGACCGCCGACGCGCCCGCCCCGCCGCCGCCCGCGGCCCCCGCCGCGCCCCCCGCCGCCGCCACCGAGGCAUCGGCGGCGGAGCGGCAGCUGCAUGAUAUGCGGCUGCUGCUCGGCGGCCAUGAGCGCGCCGCGCGCGAUGCGCGGGAGGCCCUGCACAGGUCGCAGCAGAUGCUCGGCCGCAUGGGCAGGGCCAUGCAGCACUGGGCGCGCCAGGCCGUUGCGAUGGCCGCCGAGGGCUCGUGA